GUUUCGGGUUUGCAAUCAACUACGCAGUUCAGUUUCAGAUCAUAACAAAAUGGAGGCCGUCUUUCUCUCAAAAAGUCACCAAUAUUCACAAUCAAACAGAGGAACUAUUUUCCGCGUAACUACUCUCUUAUUGUUGUCAACCAAGGGCAAAUAACUGUGAUAUUGUGCCAUAUCCCUCUUGUUAAUUAUGACCAUGAUGCGCAAAGUAUAUCUGAUCGCUGUGUUAUAAACAUAGCAGACGAGUUGUGGACUAUGGAACAUAACAUUAUAAAAGAACCUGAUUUGGUUGUGGCACUGGAUAUCGGUAGCACAUACUCUGGAUAUGCGUGGCAAAAGCGGACUGCUUAUAUUGAUAACAGAAGCAAUGUAGAGUUUAACACCGUUUGGGAUUCUGGAGCCUAUCAGCCUACAAAGACGACAUCAUGCGUUUUAUUGGAAGGAGGUGAUGAUGGGCAACAGUGCUAUGAACUAGAGAGGGAAAACAAAGAGCUGACUUUUGAUGAUUUUAAACAGAUGGCCAAACAUUACAAACUUGCUGCAUUUGGACAUAAAGCAGAGAGGCGUUACGAGAGGAUCCUUAGAAAAAACAAAGAUGGCCAGCAUAUGGGAAAAUGGUUCUUUUUCAGGCAAUUCAAGCAUUUGCUUUAUUCUGACAAAUUUAAACCAACCAUGUAUGCUGAGGAUCAUUAUGGGCAACAUGUACCACUACUCGUGGUAAUGUCAAUGUUGAUAAGAGGGUUAAAGGACCAUUUUACGGAAAACUUUGAAGAGCCCACGGAAAAGACAUUAUGGGUAGUUACGGUACCAGCUAUAUGGUCAGAGGAAGCAAAGGACUUUAUGACAGAGGCAGCAAAACUGUGUGAUAUAAAAGACAGAAAUAUUCUGUUAGCCAAAGAACCCGAAGCUGCUGCUGUUUAUUGUAUGUUCCUUCCUCAAGGGAAAAAAAAUAACAUGGACACAUUGGGGCAUCCAGGGCAAACCUUCCUUACGGUGGACCUUGGAGGUCUUACCGCCGAUUUAUCUGCUUUGGAGGUUUUGGAAAAUGGAUCUCUUAAAGAAGUGGUACUUACAACAGGCAAAUUAGUUGGAGGACAAAAUAUUAACGACGCUUUCUUCCAUGUAUGUCAAGAUAGUUUUCGGGGUGACGGAUGGCAACAAAUCUUUAGAAGUACGGAACCUGUAGAAAUGCUUGAAAUGGAAAAGGAUUUUGAAUCAAAGAAGAUAGUUAUUGGUACCGAUGAUAAAGAAGAUGAAUACAUGUGGCUUAAAGUGCCUACAGCAAUAAAGGAAAAACUGAACAAUAAGACGAUAACUCUCAAGGAAAAGUCGGAAAAAAAUCACUGCUUUACCUUCGAAGCUAUGGAAUUCUGUUUUGAGUCAGAGUAUAUUAGGACAGUUCUUUUCGGUGAAACGUGCGAUCGUUUGUAUAAGAUGAUAAAGUCUCAGCUAGAGAAAAAGGAAUUGAGCGUUUGCACAAAAAUUGUCCUCGUAGGAGGUUUUUCACAGUCGCCUUUAGUUAGAAAGUAUAUCACAGAAAAUGUAAAGAGAGAUUUCCCGGCAGUAAAAGUUGUAUCUCCAACAUCCCCAUUCCAAGCCGUUUUAAAGGGAGCUGUUAUAUUUGGGCAUGACCCAUGGAUCUUUGAAAGUAGAAUCAGUCGAUGGACAUUUGGAAUAGGUACCAACGUCCAGUUCGACGGAAACAUUCAUGAUGCGAAGAAGAAAUGGAUGUAUAGCAAAACAGGCGUAGUUUACUGUAGUGAUAUAUUCGAUAUACACAUAAGGAAAGACGAGUCCGUCAAACUAAAUGGUCCUCAAAAAAAGCGAAUAUACAACACGAUUUAUGAAUACCAGGCGUCUAUGCUGAUCCCAAUAUAUAAAUCCGAUUUAACUGUUCCAAAAUAUAUAACUGACGCACGAUGCAAAUACAUUGGAUAUAUCGACGUACAUAUUCCAAGAAGACGAACAAUAAGAAGUAUUUACGUUUCAAUGAUUUAUGGGGGAACCAAAUUAGCUGUGAUUGCAACAGACUGUGAAACAGGACAAGAAUGCAAGACUACUAUAAAAUUCGAGAACAUGGAGAGCAAACCGGAGGCAAAAACAUUCAAUGUUAGUGACAACGAUUAGUCAAUACAGAACAUGCAACAAAAUCAUUGUCAGAGAAUCAUGUGUUCGAUUCAGAAACUCCAAAAACCAGGUUUCAAGAUAGCAGAGAGCUGUUUUGCAAACUCCAUAGAGCUAGAUAUGUGUUCAAAUCGAAAAAAACAUCUGAAUUAUAUAGGAUUUGUUUUAUUUAAAAACAGCCCACAACUAGGGCUCAAGAAACCGAAAAGUGUGUGGUUUAGACACAAGUAAAUGACAAAAAUUUGGGGAAAAAAAUGAAUAAAUUAUUCUUGUAUAAAUAUAAACGAAACAGGUUUCUACAUGAAUGUCCACAUAAUACAAUUAAGCAUCUGUAGUAUAUGUAAUGUGUGUAUAAUAUACAGGCCCAUGUCAAACUUUAAAUACGAAGCGAUCUGUCUCAUUAUGCGAAACAUUAUUAGACAAAUCGCUGUAUAUAAAUUAAACAAAACCAACCACGUUUCAUUCAAUAUAGGAAUAUAUAUAAUUAUACAUUGACAAAUAUAAGAUACGAUUGUAUAGUUAAAGAAUUGAGUUUUAUACAUGUGUUUGAGGAGGAAAUCACACUUUUGAUAAAGACUUACCCAUAAUACAUAAACUUGAGUAAAGAAAAAAAAACAACAUUUUCCUAGUCGAAAUUGUGAUUUCAUGGUGUUCAUUAUUUAGAGUGGUGAACAAGUGCUCGUGUUAAAAUCAUUAAGAAUACAUUCCAUAGGAAUACUGAUUACUAGCUUAUCUUUCGCUGUUUUCCAUUAGAGUUACCUAAGCAUUCUUUUCAGAAGAAUAAUAAUAUGUGACGGCAUACAAAGGAUUGGCUAUACCGGUACUUCCUUGUGUGCCCUUGGUAUCGUAAAUUAAUUAAAAAAACCCAAAAAAUAUGGGACCAACUUGAAAUGAAAAAAAUGGUCUAGAGUUUAAAUUAAUACUUAGUCUAUCAAAAUACCAGACGGUCAAUAAAUCAAACAAUUUUUCUAUUUUCUUUUGUCAAUUUUAGAAUACUUGUACGUACCCAUCUUCGUGUAAACUUUGUUGUUACUCUAAAAUUAUUCUAUUUUUUUCAAAUUGCAGCCUUUGAAAAUACAAAUAUAUCUACAAUUGUAGAAAAAAGAUAUGAAUCUGUUGAUUCUUCAUAAAUGCAUAUGUCUGUAUUUCUUUUCAAAUACUUAACGAUUACUACGAAGAAACAAGAUCAGUUCCUUAAAAGUAUCACUUUGUUUAAGCAUCACAUUGUUUAAGUAAUGUCAUUUUCUUUUUAUGCCCCCGAAGGGAGGCAUAUAGUUUUUUAACCGUCUGUCCGUCUGUCGGUCUGUCGGUCUGUCCGCAAUUUUCGUGUCCGGUCCAUAUCUUUGUCAUCCAUGGAUGGAUUUUCAAAUAACUUGGCAAGAAUGUGUACCACAGUAAGACGACGUGUCGCGCGCAAGACCCAGGUCCGUAGCUCAAAGGUCAAUGUCACACUUAGACGUUAAAGGUCAUUUUUCAUGAUAGUGCAUUGAUGGGCGUGUCCGGUCCAUAUCUUUGUCAUCCAUGGAUGGAUGUUCAAAUAACUUGGCAUGAAUGUGUACCACAGUAAGACGACGUGUCGCGCGCAAGACGCAGGUCCAUAGCUCAAAGGUCAAGGUCACACUUAGACGUUAAAGGUCAUUUUUUAUGAUAGUGCAUUGAUGGGCGUGUCCGGUCCAUAUCUUUGUCAUCCAUGGAUGGAUUUUCAAGUAACUACGUAUAAAUGUGUGGCACAGUAAGACGACGUGUCGCGCGCAAGACCCAGGUCUGUAGCUCAAAGGUCAAGGUCAUACUUAGACGUUAAAGGUCAUAUUUCAUGAUAGUGCAUUGAUAGGCGUAUCCGGUCCAUAUCUUUGUCAUUCAUGCAUGGAUUUUAAAAUUAUUGGGCAUGAAUGUGUACCACAGUAAGACGACGUGUCGCGCGCAAGACCCAGGUCUGUAGCUCAAAGGUCAAGGUCACACUUAGACGUUAAAGGUCAUAUUUCAUGAUAGUGCAUUGAUGGGCGUGUCCGGUCCAUAUCUUUGUCAUUCAUGCAUGGAUUUUAAAAUAACUACGCAUGAAUGUGUGGCACAGUAAGACGACGUGUCGCGCGCAAGACCCAGGUCCGUAGGUCAAAGGUCCUAAACUCUAACAUCGGCCAUAACUAUUCAUUCAAAGUGCCAUCGGGGACAUGUGUCAUCGUAUGGAGACAGCUCUUGUUGUAUAUUUGAAUGCAGUCAUUAUAUGCUUGGUUAUAUACAAUUAUUACCUUUUAGUGAGGUCGAUUUGAGAAUAUAUUGACCUUGAAAUAGUGAAAUUAAUUGAGGGUCGAUAAACCCUCUUAUUGCAAACAUUGUUUAUUGUUUAAUCCCUAAACGCGAACCGAACGCGAAUGUAAAGUGUUGUGAAGUUCUGCACGUGUUUCAUUAUGUUAUUUCAUCUUUUAAAAUUAUUUCAGAAUAUAGUUACUCUUCGUUAUCAUGAUAAAUGGCGUUACGCCAUUACUUCCGUUUUAUCAAACGUGCGUGCAGCACUUCCGUAAAGUGUGUACGACGUCGCAUUUUACAAUGUUAUCACGUCAUUUCUGUAGGUAUUGACCUACAGCAAGAGUUUCUAGCUCCGCCUCCUGUCUUUAUUAUUCUUUUUAGCACUUUAAUUUGACUGUGUUUAGACCAAUGGAAAUGACUACAAAUUUAGAUUUAAUAAUAACAUUCAGAGGUGUUAUUAGGACACACUGUUUAUAAAGAACAAACUAACUCAAACGUUCGACUUGCUUCCUCGAACGAAAUCAUUUUUAAUGUAGAUGAGAUAAUUUUUGAGCGCUGGAGAUAAUAUGACGAGCGCUCGAGUUAAUGUAUCAAGAGUGUAAAUAGAGAAUAUUAGGUUCCUGAUUUUAAAUUUAAAUGUAUUAAGUGAGUCGAAGAAAAUAUAAAAAUCAAGGCUGUAGACGAGCCUUUUAUUUUUUCGUAGACGAACUUAAUUAGUUUAACUUUAUAAGACAGAUACCAAAUGUUCUAUUUAUCCUACUUUUGAUCUAAAAUCAUUUUAAUUAAAAUUAAAAAUUUAGACUGUACCACCAACUAGACCAGUGUCUGCCUUGAAUAAAAAAUUAAAAAAGAAUAAUACUCCCUCCAAAUAGCAGACAUACUGCAUUGAAAAGGGUCUUAAAAAUCCCAAAUAUUAUCAAAUAAAAGCGGAAAAGAACAAAGGCUAACCUUGUGUUUUGUACUCGACCUCUCUGUUCUUCUGAACAAGAAUGAAUAAUUUUAAUUUGCUGCCAAGUGAAGUUUUAUCCGAAAUUCAGUUGCAUGACGGAUACCCAUUCUCGUCUUAUAUAACGCCGCUUGAAAGAAAAGAUAGGCAAACCGUUUCCUCGAUGAUUUUAUUCAAUAACAUUUCAUUCCAUAUGCAAUAUAUUCCUUGAUUUUAGAACAGCAAGCUAAGGUGUGUCAUUUUCCGUUUCCGAUUUAAAAACUUUUUGUGGGAAUUGCAAAUACGGUAUGCAUACGCUGUACAUUAGUGGCAUGGUCUCACGCACUUAAUAAAAGCGCUUUUAUGAAAAUAAUUGCAUAAGUUAAAAAAUAAAUAAAAAAAAAAAUACAAAAAGCAGCCCGGCAAGCUUUAUCAAGUCACUGAUCUGAAAAAGCAAAAUUUAUCAACAUACCCCAUGAUUUUUGCCUUUAUUUUGCAGGAAGGUGGAAUUCGAUAACGAAUGUAUCGUGUUCUUAUGUCUCAAGAUAAUAAGUCGAGCUUUUGCGAUAAGUUGUCGAGCUGUUUUUGACAUAUCUGUACCUUGUAAGAAUUUUUUUUCUUUUUGGUUAAAUUUCUUUUCUUUGUUGUUCCUGUCCUUUGGACUUAGAUAUUUUUUCUGAGGACCUUCUUAUCCUCAAGUGCAAUGAUAACAGGUGAGCGAUAUAGGGCCAUCAUGGCCCUCUUGUUUUUUAUUCUGUGCAAAUAUUGAAGUGUUCUUUGCAAGUAACUGUCAACUUCUCGAUAUACCUGCAGGUUGAGGACACAUUAGUCAAGAAGAACAUACGCUCGCGAUCUAUCGACUUCAAGAUAAUAAAAACAAUAGAAAGCGAAAA